AUGUCGUUGUUUAUGAACCCUUACUCUACUCAAGAAGUCAGUGAGCAACGACUGGAUUUGGCCCAGGUCCAAUUCGACGCGAUGUCCACGUCGUUCAACACCAUGCUGCGAAGCUGCAUGGAGAAAUGCAUUCCACACGAGUACGGGGAGGCCGACCUGAAUAAGGGCGAGAUGUGCUGCAUAGAUCGUUGUAUAGCGAAGAUACAUUAUGCCAAUCGGUUGGUGGGAGGACUGGCACAGGCCCGGAACGUGGGACCGGACCAUCUAAAGCAUUAUGAACGGUUCAAGAAGGAGUAA